AUGUUUCUCACAAGAUCUGAGUACGACAGAGGCGUAUCCACGUUCUCCCCUGAAGGCCGUCUAUUCCAGGUGGAGUACUCUCUCGAAGCCAUCAAGCUAGGGUCCACUGCCAUUGGCGUGCUGACAUCUGAAGGUGUGAUAUUGGGCGUGGAGAAGAGAGUCACGUCGCCACUCUUGGAGAGCUCUUCCAUUGAAAAAAUUGUAGAGAUUGACACGCACAUUGGCUGUGCCAUGUCGGGUUUGACGGCAGACGCUCGCUCGAUGAUAGACCACGCUAGAGUGGCGUCCUUGAGUCAUAACUUAUACUAUGAUGAGGCAAUGCAAGUUGAGAGUUUGACUCAGUCGGUGUGUGAUUUGGCGUUGAGAUUUGGUGAAGGUGCUCUGGGAGAGAAGAGAUUGAUGUCUAGACCGUUUGGUGUGGCUCUUUUGAUCGCUGGUAUUGACGAGAACGGGCCUCAAUUAUACCACGCUGAACCCUCGGGAACAUUCUAUAGAUACGACGCCAAGGCCAUAGGCUCGGGCUCGGAAGGUGCUCAGACGGAAUUGCAGAACGAAUACCACAAAUCCUUGACAUUGAAGGAAGCAGAGCUCUUGACGCUCAAGAUCUUGAAACAGGUUAUGGAGGAGAAGUUGGAUUGCAAGAACGCUCAAUUGGCUUCGAUCACCAAAGAGGGUGGCUUCCAGGUCUACGACGACGAGAAAACCGAUAAGCUUAUUAAAGAGUUGAACGAAACUGUCACCGACGACACGCAAAUCUAA